UAGAAGCAAACUUUUCACUGAGAAAUAGAGUGAAACUGGAGCAGGAAGCAUCUGUGUCACUGCGAUCUCCACUGUUAUUAUUACUGCGGCUAAUUUAUCAUGUCUUGGUGCACUAUCGAGUCUGACCCAGGUGUGUUCACUGAACUUAUACAACAGAUGCAAGUGAAAGGUGUACAGGUUGAAGAAUUAUAUUCAUUGGACCUUGAUUCUCUUGACAGCCUGAGACCUGUAUACGGUUUGAUUUUUCUUUUCAAAUGGCGCCCGGAAGAAAAGGAUGAGCGUGUUGUAAUUACGGAUCCAAAUCCUAACCUCUUUUUUGCCCGUCAGGUUAUCAACAAUGCUUGUGCAAGUCAAGCAAUUUUGUCUAUCCUCAUGAACUGUCCAGAUAUCGACAUUGGUCCUGAAUUAUCAAAGUUAAAAGAAUUCACCAAGAAUUUUCCACCUGAGCUCAAAGGUUUGGCUAUUAAUAACUGUGAAGCUAUACGUGUAGCUCAUAACAGUUUUGCAAGACCUGAGCCUUUUAUUCCUGAGGAGCAGAAGGCUGCCAGCCAAGAAGAUGAUGUGUACCAUUUUAUAAGUUACCUGCCUGUUGAUGGAGUGUUGUAUGAACUUGAUGGAUUGAAAGAGGGACCCAUCAGCCUUGGUCAGUGCACAGGAGGGCAUGGUGAUCUGGAUUGGCUGCGUAUGGUGCAACCAGUGAUCCAGGAACGCAUUGAAAGGCAUUCCAAUAGUGAGAUAAGAUUUAAUCUCUUGGCAAUAAUCAAAAACAGGAAAGAAAUGUACACUGCUGAACUCAAGGAUCUCCAAAAGAGGAGGGAGCGAAUUUUGCAGCAGCUUGCUGCCUUCCAGGCAGAAAGACUGAUUGACAAUAGCAACUAUGAAGCUCUGAACAAAUCCCUCUCUGAAGUGAACGGUGGGAUUGAGAGUGUUACAGAAAAGAUUUUGAUGGAGGAGGACAAAUUCAAGAAGUGGAGAACAGAAAAUAUCCGCAGGAAGCACAAUUAUAUUCCAUUUUUGUUCAACUUCCUCAAGAUUCUUGCUGAAAAGAAGCAGCUGAAGCCCCUUAUUGAGAAGGCGAAGCAAAAGGCUGGCGCCUCCAAGUAAAAGGUUUUUUUCCCCUAUCCUUUCUUGUUAGGCGGACACUUGUUCUUUUCUGGGAUCAUGUUGCUAGUAUAUUUAAACUUUUCGCCAUGGCUAUUCUGAUCUCUCUUCCGCCCAUGUGAAGCUGGUUUGCAAUGUUUUCAGGUAAAUGAACGUUCACCCUCAUAGUUUUAGCGUCAUUGACAAGUAACAUGAUAUCAAAUUAUUGUUCAGUUUAAAGUCACUUGGGAUUGUUUAUUGAUUUUCUGAUAGGUGGAUUGUUUAGUCUUUUUCA